AUGGAAAAAAUUCAAAUCAUUUCAACUUGUUUAAUUGGAGCAACAACAAAUGAUGAAUCAAUUUCAUACAAAAACAGUACCCCUAAAGUUUCUAAAAUUGAAAUGACACCAUGGGAUUUACGAUUCCUCCUUCUUGAAACCAUCCAAAAAGGUCUCAUUUUCCACAAACCAAAAAAAGAGGAAAACAACAUUCAUAAAUCAUCAUUUAUUGACCACUUAAAAAAAUCCCUUUGUCACACUUUACAUUUCUUUCCACCUUUAGCCGGUCGAUUUUUGAUCGUUAAAAAUUCAGACGACGAUACAGUUUCUUUUUUUAUAACAUGUAACAAUGCUGGAGUGGAAUUCAUCCACGCCAACACUCCAAAAUUAACUGUAUCUAUGAUUCUUGAUUCUUUAUUUGGGGUUCAAAUAACAGAGCUUGUUGAUGGUUAUUUUAUUGGAUGUACUAUGAAUCAUACAUUAGUUGAUGGUACUUGUUUUUGGCAUUUCUUUAAUUCUUGGGCUGAAAUUUCUCGUGGACAUAAAAUCAUUUCUAAAAUUCCAAUUUUAGAACGUUAUUUUCCGGAGAAAAUAGAAGUCCCAAUUCAUCUUCCCCUGAAUUUGGAUGAUGAGAAAUUAAUCGAAAAAAUCGAAGUUCCAACGUUGAUGGAAAGGGUAUUUCAUCUUAGUAAAGAAAAUAUUGUUAGACUCAAGAAUAAGGCCAAUGAUGAAAUGGGUAUUAACUCGAUUUCUUCUUUGCAAGCUUACUUGGCUCAUCUAUGGCGAUGUGUUACUCGAUGUCGUAAGCUUGAUGCUGAGAAAGAAGUCAUCGUCACCAUUCCUAUAGGCGCAAGAUCAAGACUAAAUCCUCCUCUUCCAAAAGGGUAUUUUGGAAAUGCAAUUCAUGGCAAGCAAGUAAAGACAAGUGUAGGGGAGCUACUAGAAAAUGGACUAGGAUGGGUUGCAAUGCAAAUAAACAAGAUGGUUGUUUCUCAAAACUCUGAAGAAGUGGUGAAAAUAUACAAAGGAUGGGUUGAAAAUCCAGUUAUAUUAAAAAAGGGGUCAGUAUAUGAGGGGAAUAAUAGAUUGCUCAUUAGUAGUUCUCCAAGGUAUAAUAUUUAUGGUAAUGAUUUUGGUUGGGGAAAACCAAUUGGUGUGAGGAGUGGAAUGGCAAAUAAAAGUGAUGGGAAAAUUACUUUAUUUCCUGGUGAAAAAGAAGGAAGUGUAGAUAUUGAAAUUUGCAUUGUGCAAGAGACUUUGCAAGCAUUGGAGAAUGAUCAAGAAUUCAUGGAGUUUGUAACCAAGACUUAA